CUACACACUAUAAAUUCUGCUAAAUAACUUCUUCUUCUCAAUCCCCGCGUUAAUCCUUAAAACAGUAUCAACCGCUCACAUUCUCUCCCUUCUUCUUCUCUCUUUCACACAUUCACAGAAACAAUACCUUUCAAUAGAGAAACAAAAGGAGAUAACAAAGGAAACAAGAUCAAGAAAACCAAAAAAAUGGGGUCUCUUCCACCACCAUAUUUGGAUUUCUCAAAGCAAGAUUCAUCAAUUGACCCAGAUCAACUUCUUAAACUCUUCAAAUCCCAACAAAGUUACCUCAAUCAUUUCUUUCAAAAUCUUGAUCUUACCCAAACACUCACUUUCACGCAAACACUCCUUAAUGCCAAAGGUACAAUUUACUUUACAGGUGUUGGUAAAUCUGGAUUUGUAGCCCAGAAAAUCUCACAGACCCUUGUUUCUUUGGGUAUCAAAUCUGGGUUUUUAUCUCCUGUUGAUGCAUUACAUGGAGACAUUGGCAUUUUAGAUCCUCAAGAUAUAUUGGUUAUGUUUAGCAAAAGUGGGAAUACAGAAGAAUUGUUAAAGCUUGUACCUUGUGCAAAGGCAAAAAGGGUGUUCUUGAUUUCUGUUACUUCUGUAAAGCCUAAUUCUUUGAUGGGUUUGUGUGAUCUGAAUGUGCAUUUGCCUUUAGAGAGAGAGUUAUGUCCGUUUGAUUUGGCACCUGUGACAUCUACAGCUAUUCAAAUGGUGUUUGGUGACACGGUAGCGAUUGCUUUAAUGGGGGCGAGGAAUUUGAGCAAGGAAGAGUAUGCUGCUAAUCAUCCUGCUGGGAGGAUCGGGAAAAGCUUGAUCUUUAAGGUGAGAGAUGUGAUGAAGAAGAAAGAAGAACUUCCAAUUUGCAAGGAAGGAGAUCUUAUUAUGGAUCAACUAGUAGAGCUGACAAGCAAAGGAUGUGGGUGCCUCCUUGUUAUUGAUGAGGAGUUUCAUCUGCUAGGCACAUUCACUGAUGGUGAUUUACGUCGGACAUUGAAAGCCAGCGGCGAAGGAAUCUUCAAGCUUACAGUUGGAGAAAUGUGUAACAGCAUUGAUGGGCCAGUGUUUGUGAAGCGGUUGAAAGGAAGUAAAUGAUAAAUCACAUGCAUGUUAUUUGGUUUUGAGAGACACUGGUGACGAUGCCUCUGUGAUCACCAUAGAAAUGUGUCAAUGCGCAUAUAUGCAAGUAUUGGAGCCUCCCACAUUUGUCUGAUUGUGUUGCUUCAAGUGGGCAAACUGGGCAUAGAUUGUACUAUCUGGAAUUCAGAAUUUAAGAUUAGGCUGAAAUUUUGGGGGAAUAGAGCAGGAACAAUGCCACCAAACCACCCUCCCCCCUUUUUUGAUAACCAUGUUAUACUCGGCGGAUAAUCGGUCCGUCCCUAUACCAUUCUCUUCUCCAAAAGCAGGUUUGCUUGAAAGUAAGAUUCAAGCUCGUGACUAACGCCCAUCCCACACCGCUCGAGUUGUACAUCUACCAUUGAACCAAAACCAUGGUACCCAACUCCCCCAACCCCACCCCUCUAGAAACAGUUAAGGGUGGAAGUUGAUUUUUAGUCUUGUGGACCAGUCCCUCCAGAUUUGAUGCUCUGUAUAAGACCUUGUUCAUAAUAUCGAAUAAUUGCUUGAGUACUCCAUGUAUAUCUAAUUUACUUGUGUCUAUCAAACCUGAGUAACAUGUAUCAGGCCCUGGUGUAUUUUCUCUUGUUAAAAUUCUUGCAUAAGGUAGGAUACAGAGUGCUGAUCCUUGUAAAUUACUGUUACGAACAUUGCAUAAGCCGUCCUUCAAUUAUUCCUGGUUGUUAAUAUUCAAGUUCUCUUCCAAUAUGAAUUUGAAUUUUGUGACAUUACUCGUUCAAUUCAAGUAGGAUGCGGUCUUUUGGCUAGCCAGAUGAGAAGUAAAGAAUUAUUCUUUGCUUCUGCCUUUAACUUAUCAAAAAAUAAUUCCUUGCUUCUGCCAUUAGAGCACAUUGCUGAUAGGAUCUUUUGUGGCCCCCCAACCCCACCCCCCACCCGGUGGUGCUAAUAGUUGUAAUAGUAAUGAUAUUAUUAUGCAUUCUUCUUCUGAUCUUUUUAACCUAUAAUAGUACAGAGUCUCUUGAGAAGGAAUUUGGAUUAUUAAGGAAGUAAUUAUAUGUUUCCUUUCAGUUAAAGAUUUGUGUCUGCAUCAUCUUUUUCAGUGAUAAAUCAUACUGAUAUAUAAUUGAUUCAGUUUCCUUCUAUCUCUCACUAUCACAUGAUGCAAAGCAUGUGAUGCCCAACUUUGAUAUUGAAAAAGUAUGAUGGUAAUGUAUAGUCGUAUACACUCUUAAAGCAUUAACAUAGUUUUCUUUGGAUUAAGAGUAAUCUAAUGACACUUGUUCCAAAUUCCUGAGAUUAAAACAUUUCUAUGA